CAGGAUACCAGUUGUUUGCACUGGAGUGACUCGGCAGGGGGAGGUGUGCUUUCUGAACAAAACCCGAUGGCUGACUAAAAUCCUUAGUCAGAGUGUUCCAACAGGGCGGUGCACUAACACACACACACACACACACACACACUACAAGUAUCCCUAGAGAGGAGUACUCCAUCUCUCCAUUUUAGACCACUUGAGAGUAACUGAGUUGUGUGGAGGACAGAAUGACCACAGGUCUCACACUGCUAUGGAGGUGUGUGGUUACGCUGGUCUUGCUGCAUGAGCACACUGCACAAGCUGAAGAUGUUGCUGGAUUGGCAGAUCCCCCAGCUAACAUAAGGAUCACAGACCCAGGCCACCUAGGUUAUCUGAGCAUCGAGUGGAGCCGACCGAGCAGCCUGCAGAACCUUACCGACUGCACCGUCCGCUACCAGCUCCGCUUCUACGACACAUUCACAGGGAGAUGGAAGAGUGUGCGGACCACAGGGCUUUCAUACAAGGCACAGUUUGACCUGGAGAAACCCAUCCAGGUGAGAAUGCUCACUCUGGUGAAUGGGGCCUGCACCAAACACUCCGAGGUCCAGGGAGAGGAGGUGGAGUUUGUUCACACACCUGAACACACAGGUGUGGCUGGCUCACGGAUAAGAGACUUUCACUGUGUUUACUUCAACAAGGAGUACAUGGACUGCACGUGGCAACCAGGGUCAACUGACCCUCCUCAAUCCGAGCACUCCCUCUAUUACUGGCACAGGGAAAUGCAAGAAACCUCAGAAUGUCCACAGUACAUCCGAUACCCCGAGCUCCGGAGAGGAUGCAGAUUCCCUCGGGAGGUUCUUUUAGAGUUUUCUGAGUUUAACAUGUGUGUGAACGGCUCUUCCGCAGCAGGAGCGCUGGAGCCCGCCUUCAUCUCCCUAGAGGUCCAAAACCAGGUAAAACCAGCAGCAGUAUCUGAGCUGCAGGUGCUGAGUGAGGAUGGCCUGCUGCAGGUGCAGUGGUCGCCUCCUGAGGGUCGUGUACCGGAGCACUGUCUGGAGUAUGAGCUAGAAGGGACCACAGAGAGCAUGGAUGGCAGCAUGUGGCAGUGGACUAAUGUCACUGAGGAGACAACCUUAGAUUUUCCAUGGAGUGCCAAAAGAGAGAUGAAGUGCUUCCGAAUCAGAUCCAAAGUGAGCGGUUACUGUGCCGAUGAUGGAUAUUGGAGCGACUGGAGCCAGUCUACAUGCUUUCCAGAGAAAAGAGAAAAGAUACCUUACGAACCAUGGAAUGCUUUCGUCCUGAUUGUCAUGCUGGUCAUUGUGGUCACAGCAUUCCUCAUCUUUUGCUUCAUGAUUUGGCUUGUUAGGAAAAUGUGGAUGAAAAGAAAGGAUCAGAAGUACACCUUCUGCACCCGGUACCAGGAGAAAGUCCAGAAGGCCUUCCCUCCUAUUCUAAGCCCUGUGUGUCACUAAGCACGUAUGGAUCUGUUGCAUGUGGUCACAGCAGCAGAACACUCCCACAGCCAAUCAGUUUACAGCACUGAAUGAUAUGAGCUUGGAAAAGGGUCUUGCUUUAGAUGCGCAUGCAAACAGUGAUGCACUGACUUCUGCACUAUUAUACAGAGAGUGUAGGAGCCCUGUGUUAAUACUAAAGUAUCCUUGGCAGCAUAGCAGUAUCAACAGUAUUUCCAUCCUGAAUGUAUUUUCUUUGGCGUUUUUUACUUGCCUACUUGUUUUAGAUGCUGCACUCUAUUUAAAGUUACUCACUGAAUGCCACAAAUCUUGCCAGAUUAACAGCACAACUCCUCAAAACAGGCGUACAUUUUUGGGGGGUUAAUGAUGCUACCUAUUGUCCAUUUAUUGCACUUUGUUUUCAUGAUCCAUUUAUAUGGAAGCUUUCAAGUUUAGGUCAUAUGAUUUAUUAACAGCUGUAUUAAUAUUAAGUCAUUCAUUUGUAUCACGUGGGUCCAUUUUCUUCAUACACUGAGAUACAGUGCUUGAGAUUUUGUUUUACACAGAAUGAUGUGUUUACAUGCAGAUAGUGCAACCACAUCUGUUACUCUACUAAAGUUGAGAAUUUAUGAGUAUGACUUCACAAAAUGCUUGUGCUUGCACUGUCUUGCAUGGCCUUCCAACUGAGACAUCCCUAAUCAGGCUCCAUUUGGCUCUGAUCUCAGCUGCCGAAAGGCCCAUGUCCUACAGUUAUUACUUGUUCAAUGUUUAUAUCAGAAAACUGCUUCUGACAUCUGUGUGGUUUUAUAUAUCAAAAGCGUUUCAUUUUAAGUUAUUUUCUUCUUUAUCAUUCUUUAAAAGUAAAUAUUGUUUUUACUGUGCCUUUAAAACUGUUCUGUUUUAAUUGAUCUCUCUUUUGAUUGGCUGGUCUGUAUUGUACCUCACUUAAAAUAAAAUCUGAUUUAUAUAUUCAACUUGAAUUUAUCAUGAAUCUAAUUGAAGUCUAAUUUUUUUAGCAUUUUUGUACUCACUUUUUUAACAGUUGAAUCAAUUGCAUAGCAUAUCUUUUUUGAUGUAAAAUCUAUUUUGUUUUAUUCUCAUGUAAAUUAUGUAACUGUAUACUGUCAUUUUAGACAUUAAAAAUAUAUAUUUUAUAUCUGUCACAA